UAAAAAAUAUUGGGGCAUCUUUUUUGGUUUCAAUUGCAGCGGGUCUACUUGGAAUCAAAUCAGCCAAGAAUCCAGACUUACUAUACACCAUUAACAAACAAAAUCAAACUCUCCAUUCUCUUUCCCUCUUUUUCAACCUACUUUUUUAAACAUCACAUUCAAACAUGAAAAAAGACAGAAACCAAAAAUGACCCAAACGUUAACUUAUUCAUACAAUAUCAUAUUUCAUCAUGUGCAACUGUAAUAAAAUGCCCUGUUUUGCUCUAUAUCAGACACCCAAAUUAACCCCCUCAAAAAAGCCCCAAUUCGUAUUAGAAAUUUUUAAAACAAAAUAAAAUAAGCAAAGACGUUACUGUUGUGUUGAUUCUUAUUGAUCUUUGAAGCAUUUGAGGAUCCUUCCUUUAAUAAUGGAAGAUGAUGAAGAAGAGGACCUAUUAUUCUCGCUUUAUCUGGGUUCAUAAAUACUAUUAUCGAAAUUAAAUGUUUGUAGUUAUGAUGUUAAAAGAAAAGAGAGAUUUAAGGCCUCUUUUGGUGAAAUUUGGGGUGGCUGUUGCUCUUUCUUUUGCUGGAUUUCUUUUUUCUCGACUUAGGACCCGAAAGACCAAACCAUCUUUGCCUCCUCCUCCUCCUCCAUCACUGCAUGUUUCAGAUUGUCGCAGUGAGUUUGGUUCCGGCGGAAAUGAUCAGAGUGAAGAUGAUUUUCAGGCCUUAAAGAUAUCACCAACUUCUGACCCUGAAGAAAUGUCUAUGCAACGAACUAGUGUUGAUAAUGCUUCUGUUUGUCUUUCCUCUAGCAUUAGACAUGGUGCAGAUUUAUUUCUCUUGCCAGAGUUUAAUGAUCUUGUUGAGGAAUUUGACUUUUCUGUCUGUGCUGGGCCUUCACCUAAGCAGGAAGUAGAAAGACCAAAGUCAGAUCUAGACACUUCAAGAACAUUUAUUAGUGCUGAAAAGGAUGAUUAUGAGCAAGAGAUCAAGCACCUCAGAAAUAUGGUAAGAGUGCUUAGGGAGAGGGAGAAGAAUCUCGAGGUCCAGCUGCUGGAGUAUUAUGGCCGUAAAGAACAAGAAACAACAGUUUUUGAGCUCCAAAACCGAUUGAAGAUAAACAAUAUGGAGGUUAAGCUUUUCACUUUAAAGAUUGAGUCCUUACAGUCAGAAAACCAAAGAUUAGAGGGCCAAGUCGCUGAUCAUGCAAAAGUUGUAGCUGAGCUUGAAAGUGCGAGAUCCAGAAUUAAGCUGCUUAAGAAGAAACUUAAACAUGAGGCUGAGCAGAACAGGGAGCAGAUCCUAAACCUUCAAAAAAGGGUUUCUAGAUUGCAAGAGCAAGAACUCAAGGCUCCUGCAAAUAAUCAAGAUAUUGAAUCAAAUUUACAAAGGCUAAAGGUUUUGGAGGGUGAGGCAGAAGAAUUGAGGAAAUCUAAUAGGAGAUUGGAGAUAGAAAAUUCUGAACUGGCUCGGAAGUUGGACUUGUCCCAAAUCCUUGCAAAUUCUCUUUUGGAGGAUCCUGAGAGAGAAGCAUUCAAUGAAAUGAGCAACCGUUUGAAGCAAGAAAACGAAGAUUUGACAAAGCAAAAUGAGCAGCUCCAAGCAGAUAGAUGCGCUGAUGUUGAAGAAAUGGUGUAUCUCCGUUGGAUAAAUGCUUGCUUACGAUACGAGCUGAGGAAUUAUCAACCCCCUACUGGUAAAACAGUUGCUAGAGAUCUAAGCAAAAGCCUAAGCCCAAAGUCGGAGGAGAAAGCCAAAAAACUAAUACUUGAAUAUGCACAUACUGAAGGAAUGGGGGAUACGGGGAUGGAUACCACAGAUUUUGAUUGUGAUAAAUGGUCUUCUUCCCAAGCUUCCUAUGGUACUGAUACUGGAGAGUUAGAUGAUUCUUCAUUUGAGAAUUCAUCUGCUACAAAAACCACCAAUUCAGGAAAAAUGAAGUUUUUCAAGAAUCUUAGUAUACUAAUGCAGGGAAAAGAUGGUCAUCAUCAGAGCCAGGCUUCAUCAACAAGCAAAACUGAUCAUCCAGAAGAAGUCCAUUCUCCAAUUUGGAGUUCAGGUAGAGGGAAUGCUUCCGUAACCAUGCUACAAAGCCAUAGUGAUAGAGUUAAAAUUCCAUCUCAGAUUUCAUCCAGAACCUCUUUGGAUGUACCAAGAUGGAAGAGUUUAAACUCUGAUCAUAUCAAAGAUGUCGAAAAGUUUCGAAGGAAUAGCGACUGCAGUUCUUAUGGAUAUAAAAGAUUCAUGUUAGGAAAGGAUGAUGCUUGUGACUCUCCUCUUGGCCCCCAACGCGAACAAGAUUCCAGUUGCUUUCCGAAAUCCGACUUGGUGAAGUUUGCAGAAGUUUUAAAAGAACCAGGAACACCAAGAGCAAAGUUUCACAGGAAAGCGGCAAGCAUCAUUUAAAAUAUUAGUUGACAGUAUAGUGAUAUGUAUAGCUUGUCAUUGCACAUGGUCAGUCCAAAUGUAACAUGUCACUUUUUAUGGCUGGAAAUCAAAAUAGAAAUACCUAAAAAAGCAUUUAACAUUAAAUUACCAUUUCAAUAUAUACUUUACUGUUAGAAAUUAAUUAUUUAAUUUUUAAAUGAAUUACAUGACAA